UUACACCAAUUUCAUUUAGAGGGGGGGGGGGGGGGGUUCCAAACAAACUUUCAACUAGUACAGGAAAAAAGGAGCCAUUUUGGAUCUGGGAAGUAUAAAAUACUUGGCGUGAGCUGCAGUUCUUACAGGUCAACUCUUCUUCUCCACUGCUCGAAAUCUCAGAUAUCAGAGAAGAGAGAGGUAGAGGGGUUUCAUAGAGCAAUGGGGGCAUUGACAACAGCACUGAUAGCAAUAGCAGGUGUUAUUCUUGGUUGGAUCACUAUUGAGAUGGCCUGCAAACCAUGUCUGGAAAAAGGUAGAGAAGCUAUUGAUCAGAAUCUCAAUCCUGACUAUGACCCUGAUGAACAACACAACAUUCGCACCCCUUUAAAUCCAAAUCCACCUCAAGAAUCUGAUUCUUUUAUCCCCAUCAAAAUUGUAUGAUCAUUCCCUAUUUUCUUUCUACUUUGCCUGAUUGCCCCUCUUUGUAAAAAGUUCUAGUUUUGUGUUUGUUUUGUUUUGUGUUUUUGGGUUGACCUUUUUCCCUUGUCGUAAUCUGUGUUGAGGAAAAUGCUUCAUUUUGGUUCUGUUCUUUUUUUUUUUUUUUUUUUUUGUGUGUGUGUACAAUGAUAAGUGGAAAAUGACAGCAGUUUGUUGAGAAAUUUGGCUAUUGGCAUUGAAGUUGUUUGUUCUUCAGGUUGUUGACAUUAUUUAUAGCUAAUGUAAUGUGUUUGGAUGAUA